CUCCUCUCUUUCAUCUCUCUCUUUUCUUGCUCUUUUGUCCUUUUUAUCUGACCCAUUUGACUGGCUUUCCUAUACACUUUCAGUCUUAUUGCUCCUUUCUUCUGCUUUCUUAUUCGGCAAAAACUUUCUCCACACAUAAACUCAUUAACUCAUUUGCUCAAUCAUUUAUUCAUUUAUUCAUUCAUUCAUUCACUUAUUCUCAUUCUCAUUCUUACAUUCUUGCUAUACUUAAUAUUAUUGUACUUUAAAUACUUGUACUGCCCCUAUCCUUCUACCAAAUACUUGAUACAAAAAAAAAAAAAGUGGUAACGACAGCUACAACAGUUACAGGAAAUUAGCAGGCGAUAAAGCAUAAAAGUAUAUCGUUCAAACAACAGCGAAGCCAAACAAAAAAACAAAAAAAUCCCACUACAAGUGUAAAUUGCAUUUAUUUUUGUUCAACAGCCCUGGGCGAAAAACCAAUCAUUAGUCUCCGAAACGACGUCAUGGAAAACAGGUAUAAUAGCUACGAUCGAGGUCAACAAAGCUAUGCAAUGCGCGACAUGACGCAACAGCAAGGUAGCUACAGCUUACCUUAUCAACAUGUCUACAACAACAAUAAUAAUAACACCAGUAACAAAGACUACUACAACAACGAUUAUUACAAUCAAAACUAUGAUGAAACUGCUGCUGCUCCCGCUGCUGCUCCUGCUGCUGAGCCCAACAACCAACCACGCUACUAUAAUGGAUUCGAGGAUCAAGACGUCAAACUCAUUAAACCUUCCAAGAAGCGAUCUAAAUAUUUGCCGUGUUUUCCUUGUAUCCGGACAACGUGUGGGCGGGUGACAUGCUGUCUGUGCAUUCUGUUGCUGCUUGUCAUUAUCGUAAUUGUGAUCUUGGUCUUUGCAGUGUUCAAGAUGCCGACCGUUGAUUAUUUAGGACCUGAGGGAGACCCGAUAUUCACGUUCAAUCAAGGAAAUACCACCCUUGGCUUAGAUAUGGUGGCGAACAUUCAGGUCAAGAAUCCCAAUCCUAUUAGCUUCAACUUUGAGUCGAUUGUUGUAACAGCUUAUUAUCCUGGAUACGAACCAUCGAUUGGAGGUGGUAACAUUACUCAUGUCGAGUUUCCUAGUAAAUCAACUAAGACGAUCCAGUUCCCUGUUUCUGCCAGAUAUAAUCGUCGCCAGGACCCCGGAUUCACAGUUGUACAGAAUAUUCUUUCGAGAUGUGGGCUUUUAGGAUCAACCAAUGGGCAGAUCACCAUCAACUAUGACGUUAAAGCUAAACUAAAGAUCAUUGGAAUCACAAUAUCACCAUCGCUCAAGAAUCAAUCGACUAGUUUUGCCUGUCCAACUGAUAUUGGGCAAAUUGCCAGCGGUAUUGAGGGGAUCAUCCGAAAGAUUGGCAGUUUCAUUGAUUUAAACUAAAGAUUUAAGCAAAAGAGAUUUCUAAAUUAUUUAUUUUGCUUACCAUAUGCAAGGGUUUUUUAUGUACCACAUUCACCGGAAAUUUAUUCAUCAUAAAGAAUUUUAAAACUCCUUUCGAUCUUGCAUUGUAUAGUAUACAGUCAACGAUUUUUUUGGUCCCGAGGCUGGGACUUAUUGCGAAGUGCAAAAUCUGUCUAAGUGC